AUGAGGGCAAGACACGUUGAAGCUAACACCGAUUCACAGCUGGUAGCUAAGAAAUAUCACGGGGAAUAUGAAGCGAAUGACAGCUCGAUGGCCCAAUACGUAGAGAGGGUGAAAAAAUUGGCCGACACCUUCAACACUUUCAAACAUGAAUACAUCUCUCGAGGAAGAAACAGAAAGUCCGAUGCCCUUAGCAAGCUAGCCUCCGUGGCCUUCGACCACUUGGCAAGGGAAGUCAAGGUGGAAGUCCUGACCUCCCCCUCCAUCACAACGGAGGAAGUAGCAAUGGUCGAUAACGUUCAGGAAACCUGGAUGACACCAAUUCUGAAGUUCCUCAGGGACGGGACACUACAGGAGGGCGAUUGGGCAGCCUGCAAGGUAAGGGUAAGGGCCUUGCAAUACAAAUUGAUAGAUGGGGAGCUCUACCGAAGGUCGUACUUGGGUCCAUCUUUAAAAUGUGUUGACAAUGAGGAAGCCAAAUACGUGGUACGAGAAAUACACGAGGGAAUUUGUGGCAUGCACUCAGGACCAAGAACAGUUGUAGCCAAGAAGUGGGCUAUAGCCAUUAUUGGGUCAUUCCUAGAAGGUCCAGGAUGGGUCAAGUAUGUGGUAGUUGCCAUUGAUUACUUCACCAAGUGGGUCGAGGCGAGGCCCCUGGCCAAAAUCACAGGAGAACAAAUGAAGCGAUUCGUCCUGGACAACAUCAUAUGCAGGUUUGGGGUACCAAUGGAACUGGUGAGUGAUAACGGGGUACAGUUCGCAGGAAAACCUUUCAGGCUGUGGUGUGAACAAAUGCAUAUCCGCCAAGUUUUUACCUCAGUCACUUAUGCCCAGAGCAAUGGCCUAGUGGAAAGAGCAAACCAAAGUGUAAUCAAAGGAAUGAAUGGAAGGCUGGGAAGAAAACAGAAAGGAUGGUUGGAGGAGCUUCCUUUCGUACUAUGGGCAUACAGGACCACUCCCAAGGUUUGCAACAGGGAGACCCCCUUCAGCCUAACUUACGGGACUGAGGCUGUCAUCCCUGCUGAGAGUGGGUCACCCACGGCAAGAAUGAAGCUACGAGAGGCUGAAAAUGAGAAGGACCUUCGAAUGAACCUCAACCUCCUCGAAGAAAGGAGGGAGAUAGCUGCGGUGAGGGAGGCCAAAUACAAGAAACAACUGGAAAGCUACUACAACUCCAGAAUGAAGAGGCUCAAUCUGAUACCCGGAGACCUGGUCCUAAGGGCAAACGAAGCCAGCCUAUAG